AUGAAGACCCGGCUCGCGUUAACAAUUCAGAUCUCCAACUUCCAGUGGAGCACGGGAGUCUUGGUGCACGGUCGUCAGAAUGCAAAGUUCAUCAGCAUCCUGGACGACCAGCAGCAGCCCAUACAAUUGCGCAUGGUGCAGAAGAAGGACACUGGGGAGGUGUGCCACGUCCGGAUUUUUGCCGACUACUGGCUUAUCAACAAAACCGGCAUCCGCCUCCACUAUCUCCAGGGCGACCAGCACGAACGAACCCGCAUUCCUGGCCAACCGAAGUGGGCCGCGCCGCAGCCGGAGACUCUCAUGUUGUCGAUGGCAGGCGGGGGCGGCAACUACUCGUCCUCGAGCCAGCAGCCGCCCCAGCAGCAGGUGUUCGUGCGUCUGGCCACGUCCCGCCUCUCGCCCGCGCUCAACCUCGCGGCCGGGGCGUCGGGCGUGCUGGCCCUCGAGGACCCCGCCACGCCCGCCGUCUUCCAGAUCGCGGUGGCGGCGCACGAGGCACCCGGCCCCUUCUGGCGCACGCGCGUGGUCACCUUCGCGCCCUACCGGGUGCUGGUCAACCGGCUCAAGGUGCCGGUGGAGUAUAGGCAGGCCGGCACGCAGGAGGUCUUCCGGCUGCUCCCCGACGAGGCCCUCCCGUGGCACUGGCCCGCACGCGACAUCCGCCCGCGCCACCUCUGCGUGCGCCUGCUCGACCCGCCCUCCAAGUGGUCCGGCCCGUUCCUCGUCAACGUGCCGCAGCCCGUUACCUUCACCCUCAGGCGCCAGCAGCAGCAGCAGAAGCAGGAGAGCAGCAAGCACCCGGUCCAUCCACUGGUGCGGGUCGAGAUCAGGCUGGCGGAGACGACCCAGUACAUCAUCCUGCGACCGGAGAACAUGACCCACCCGCUCUACCGCAUCGAGAACCUCUCCUCCUACUCCAUCCUCCUCCGCCAGAAGCCUCGGGAGCAACAGCCGAGCGGCCCCACAACGACGAUGAUCGAGGAGGUGCUGCCGCACUGCACGACUGCCUUCGGGUGGGACGACCCGACGCACGAGUGGACGGUCCACAUGAAGAUCCUCUCCCGUUCUCCCGACGCUCGGCACGUCGUCCUCAGCGUUCCCCUCAACGAGUUCAAAAGGUAUCCGCCGAUUCAGACCUUCCAGCCGGUGGUGUUGCUGGUGGAAGUCCUGCCAUCGGGUCCCACGACGAUCCUCCGCAUCUCGGAGGGAGCCUUGCGACGACGCGGCACGACCAUGGAGAUGGUGCGAAAGGAGCCGGAAGGGGCGCAGGAGCCGGUGGAGAGGCUGGCCUGGGAGGCGCAGGUGAUGGUCGACAGCAUCGUGCUGUCGCUGAUCGACGACGCGUCGGGUCCACUGGUGCGGGCGGCCAUCACCACGCCCUACCUCUACCUCUCCUCGUCGGACCUAUACCACAAGGCCGAGCUCACCGUGCGCGACCUCCGCCUCCUCAACCUCCUCCCAUCGACACCGUUCCCCACACUCCUCGCGCCCCUCCGACCACCGUCAUCGUCGUCGUCGUCAUCGUCAUCUUCAUCAUCGCGAAGGGCCCUGUCGCAACGCUCGAUGGCGGAGGUCAGCAACUUUGUCCACGUCACUGCGGUCAAGGCGCGCGGAGCGGGGGACAUCGGGGCCGACUACUUCAAGUACGUCGGCGUCGCGGUGCAGCCGUUCGACAUCAACGCCGAGGGCGCCAUCCUGAUGAAGCUCAUGGACUUCAAGGACCGCGUGCUGCAGGGCCUCCUUCGGGCCACCUCGUCACCCGACUCGCCCGACACCAACGCCGCCGCGGCCCUCGCCCUACUCUUCCCUUCUGCGUCUUCGUCCUCUUCUUCUUCUUCUUCUUCUUCUUCUUCAACGCUAUCGUCGUCCUGUCUCUUCGAGCCUCCCGCCAUCACCGAGAACAAGGCGCUGUGUUUGGGCCAACUGGAUCUGCACCCGGUGGCGUGCCGGCUGAGCUUCAAGUACGUCUCGGGCUUCGACUACUCCUCGCUCCACUCCAUCUUGUCGUGGACCGGCGGCCUCGCCAACAUCGACGCCGCGCCAUUACGCUUCAAUGCGCUGUUCGUGCGGAACACGCUGUCGACGCGGGAGGAGUUCGUGGAGCGGGUGAAGCGACACUACGCCGGCGAGGUGCAGCAGCAGAUCGGCAAGCUGCUGGGCCAUCUCUCGGUGCUCGGCGCUCCGCUCUCCUUCGUCACCGGCCUCGGCAGCAGCACUAGCGACCUCUUCCGCGAGUCCGCCAGGAGCGUCGUGCGGGUGCGUUCAAUCCUGCUCUCCAUGCCUGACCUUUACUGA